UGUGAAGUAGGUAGAUGAUGUGAGUGGGAGGUUGAGAUGAGGUGAAUGUCCUCGAAGGAGCAAGAAUUUCUGGUCGCUGAAGGACGGUUGUUGCAACAAAGUACGAUUGAAGUUUCGCGUAUUUAACCUCUGGGAAGUAACGAAGAUUUCUGUGUCGAAAAAAGUAGCGGGAAUGGCCGGUCUGCGGCAUUCGCCGUCUUGCGAGGAGUCGCCAUUGCCUUGCGCUCCCCCGCCAAGCCCUACCAUGGGUUAUCGAAGACAUUUUGGUAUGGCGGUGCUUUCAUCGUCUCCGGAAUUUCACGACACUCAAGAAUUUGCUGAAAUGAGUGAUUCGCUAGUGGUUGCGCUUUCAAGAAUGAGAGUUGAACAGUCAUCUUUAAAGAGGAAAAAACAUUCGGAGCAUGAACUUCCCCCGGGCCUCGAAAACCACGACAGAGCUCAUCGUGAACUGAAAAGAGCGAAAAAUAUUCAAAGACAGUCGGAAAAUACGCCGCGUAAAAGGCAAAGUGACUUCGCAGGACUCGUUCCAGCUGGUGCUGUGAACAGUGCAUUUCCUGUACCAAGUACUUAGUUUACAAGAGGAAGGAUUUUUAAAGGUGACCAGUAUGGACGAAUGCAGUACAUGUUCGUGUCUCGGUAUAAAUUAUUUGUUAAAAUUCCUGAUGCAAAUCAGUUGCGCAAAUUCUCCCGAAAUUAACAAAUCACGCUAUCAUCUUACGGGCGUUUUUCAGUCUCAAAUAGCUUUCAUGCUUGUCGUCCUUUCAAAGAAACUUACCCUGUACAGGGUUUCCUUCGAAAUAAAUCAUAAGCCUAUAUUGGAACCGCUAUAAACAGUUAAGACUAAAAAGCUUUAAUAUUUUGUUGGAUGGUCUGACAACAUUUUACGAGGACCUCGAGUUGAAAUUAAUAUAUAUCACUAUAAAUACAGGUUUAACUGCUAUUUGAAGAACUUAAGAAACAAUAUAGGGUUAAUUUUGCUUGUGAGAUUGAAAUGCGAAAGAAAAAUGUCUAACCUAGUUUUUUUAUUAUAUUUUCAUAUAAUUAAAGAACAAUAAUUGAAUGCAAAUUGGCUUUCGCUUAACCAUUAUGUAGCUUGUUCCUUUCUUGUCUCU